CGUCCAGACACCUCCCGCCACACGUGCCGGCCCCCCCGCUCCAGCGUUUUCCCCUUAUAUUACCAACGUCUUACCUUCUCCAAACUCAAACUCACACACAACGCACAUUGCGUUACUCUUUGGCAACACGCUUUUCUCCUUGUGGAUUGUGAUUCCCUCCUCCGCCAUGGCAGCCGCAGCACCGCCGCUAAAAGAUGAGCUAGACAUCGUGAUACCAACUAUCCGGAACCUGGAUUUCUUGGAGAUGUGGAGGCCCUUCUUCCAGCCAUACCACCUGAUCAUAGUGCAGGAUGGAGACCCUUCGAAGACGAUCAAGGUCCCUGAUGGUUUCGAUUACGAGCUGUAUAAUCGCAACGAUAUCAACAGAAUUCUUGGCCCCAAGGCCUCCUGCAUUUCCUUCAAGGACUCCGCCUGUCGUUGCUUUGGGUAUAUGGUCUCCAAGAAGAAGUACAUCUUCACUAUUGAUGACGACUGCUUUGUAGCAAAAGACCCUUCUGGCAAACAGAUCAAUGCCCUGGAACAACAUAUCAAAAAUCUGCUGUGUCCAUCAACCCCACUUUUCUUCAACACCCUGUAUGAACCUUUCAGGGAUGGCUCAGAUUUUGUGCGUGGAUACCCUUUCAGCCUUAGGGAGGGCGUGCCAACAGCCGUCUCACACGGCCUCUGGUUGAAUAUCCCUGAUUACGAUGCUCCAACGCAGCUUGUCAAGCCUCUCGAGAGAAACACAAAGUAUGUUGAUGCAGUGCUCACAAUACCAAAGGGCACCCUGUUUCCCAUGUGUGGCAUGAAUCUUGCAUUUGAUCGUGAUCUCAUCGGUCCGGCUAUGUAUUUCGGCCUCAUGGGAGACGGUCAGCCAAUUGGACGCUACGAUGACAUGUGGGCUGGCUGGUGCACCAAGGUGAUCUGCGAUCAUUUGGGAUUGGGUGUGAAAACUGGGCUGCCAUAUAUUUGGCACAGCAAGGCCAGCAACCCCUUUGUGAACCUAAAGAAAGAGUACAACGGCAUAUUUUGGCAAGAAGAGAUAAUCCCUUUCUUCCAGGCUGCCACACUGUCGAAAGACUCGACCACCGUCCAGAAAUGUUACAUUGAACUUUCCAAACAGGUCAAAGAGAAGCUUGGAAAGGUAGACCCAUACUUUGUGAAGCUUGCAGAUGCAAUGGAGACAUGGAUUCAGGCUUGGGAUGAGCUCAAUCCUCCUACUAAGGCUAAAUAAGCUAGUUUUAGGCCACAAGUUUUUGAAGUUUUGCACUUUUCCAUUGUAGAAGUUAUACUCGAUUAGCUGAAUUUUGGUUUGGCUUGUCUAGAUUUAGGUGGAAUUUACCAAGUAUUCCUUCCCAGUUUUAGUUGUUUAAUAGAGGACGUAGGUGAAAAUAAAUGUUAAAUGCUGCUAAUUGAUUUAGAGAUUCAAUCAGGCAUGCCGUUUAUGUUUAGAUUGUAAUGUGAAGGAAGCUGAAGAAUUGUUAAUGUAUUGAUAAGGAGUGGGUCUUAUAUGA